AUGUACAAGAGUGCGCCACAGAGGGGGGGGAGACCUCAGAACACCUUGAGACCUCAGAACACCUUCAUGACUACCUCGUCUUCUACAUCUAUCACUACUCAUGAUGUUUAUUGGUCUUUGACGGAGUUGGGGGACAAGAUGAUUUUGGAUUUGGGGUGCAUGAAGACGGUGGCAGGGACGACAUGGGUCAAACCCCUGGUUUUGAAAUGGAAGAGAAAUGGUUGGUAUUGCAAGGUUGUCCCAGAGAAGGAAUCGUUUCGUUUUGGGGAUGGGCACAUCAACCAAAGCAAGUUUGCAGUGAUCAUCCAUGUGAAUUUAGCCGGCAUCCCAUGUCUUUUGCGGAUUUCAGUUGUUGCAGGGAACUGUCCACCAUUGUUGUCAAAACCUGUCUGCACAACCUUGGGUCUCAUGGUCGACACGUCAUCGCAUGCAGUGACAUCUAAGAAGUAUGGCAUCAAAAGGUUUGGACUAAGUCAAUCUGCAGGAGGUCACUAUGUCAUUCCCAUUGAUCAGUUGUCUGACAUGCAGCCUGUUCCUAGUGAGUUCGUUCUGCAGCCACACUAUGAAGUGUUUCCGCUGACUUCCAGUGGAUCAACGGUGAAAGGAUCACCACCUACGCGCCCUACCGUUCUUACGGUGCACACGGUGGCGGAUGGUCGACAACAGCCCAUGGGAGAACGUCGGGAUGCUGGAGGACGAGGCUCAUGCGAUCUCGUCGGACGAGCUGCAGGAGCCGGAACAGAGGACAUCGAGGUCGGUGAGACGCCGAGCUUCGAGAACGCUGUCAGACACCAGAGCCCGAUCUCAGAGCAAGUCACCGCAGAUGCCCAAGGAAAUGUUGGAGAUGCAGGCACAGAUGGCUCAGAUGGCCACGAUGAUGAUGGAGAUGCAGGAGAUGGCUACAGCAGCCAAAGCCAAAGCGAAGAGCCAGAGCAAGGCGGCGGCAUCUGGGCAGACGGCCCCCAAGGAGAAGAAGGAGAACAAGAAGGCGGCCCUCACAGGACGAGAAGCAGACUUUCCGACCCUGUCGCAACGGUACAGUUACGACGUCACCUUCAACAUCCUCGGCAGCAUCACGGAACAGACCCUGACGUUCAAAUGGAAGCUUUUGCUGCUGAUGUUGAGGAUGAAACAGGCGGUGGAGUCCGACAAGACAACCAAGAGACGCUGGAAGAGGAAUCCCAGGUGGAUCAUGCACAUGAACGGCAGGUUCCUUGCGGGACUAUGGGGACAUCUCGGCAGCGCCCGUCAGCUGUGCUUCAACCCGAAGGUGUAUCCCUUGGCAUUGGGCGAGACAGAGGAGAAGGAGGCUCGAGACAAGCGCAGGGGCUCCAAGAGCUCCAACUGACGGACCCCAAUGCCCCAACCACAGCUGAGCAGAGGAGACGUGAAAUAGAACGAGUGGAUGUGGUGAUGGAAGGCCGACUACGACCUGGUGGAGCUCUACGUCCUGGUGGAGAUCUUCCUGAGGAGCUACAUCAAACUGGAGACCUUUGUGAGGAGCUACAUCAAACUGGAGGUCUAUCGGAGGAGCCACAUCAAACUGGAGCUCAACGUCUUGGUGGAGCUCUACUUGAGGAGCUACUUCAAACUGGAGAUCCUGGUCCUUGUGGAGUUCUAUCUGAGGAGACGAGAAAGGAGACAGGACAUCCAACUCUGCAAGCUGAAGCAGGGGCAUCAGUCAAGAAGAUCACCUUGAACCGGAGACAGACGAGGAGCAUCAGACAAGGAGUGCAGAAGGCUCUACGUCUACAACAUAGAAUCUAUGAGGCUGCCCAGAUGAAGAAGAGACCAUGGACACUUUUGGAGGUCUUUGCAGGAAAGGCUACGUUGUCUUCAAUGGCAAGGGAAUGUCCUGAAUGGGAGGUCUUGCCACCGCAGGACGUGCUUUACGGGCUGGACUUACUCAAGGAGGAACAUGUCCAGCUGCUGAAGGACGUCAUUGAGAAUCAACGUCCUGAUGUAGUGACACUGUCACCACCAUGUGGUCCGUGGAGCUCAUGGCAAAGGAUGAGAAAGAGGAAGGACAUCCUUCAAGCACUACGACGGGAGCAUCAACCAUUUUGGGAACUGGUCUGCUGGAUUUGGGCUUUCCAAAACACUCAUGGCGGAAUUGUGGUGUUGGAACAACCCAAACAAAGCGAGGCUCUCAAGAUGCCCAAGAUGACACAGAGAAAGCAGGUCUAUGAAAAGGAGGUACAUAUGUGCCAAUUGGGGUUGGAGGACGUGGUGAGCGGUGCUCCACACAAAAAGGCAACCGCCGUGCAAAUGAACCAUCCUAUGAUCUGUACGACGCUCUUCCCGGACAAGAAGUGCGAUCAUCCCCCAGGAGCACAUCAGCCGUUGGAAGGAUCAGUGGCGGUGUGGGAUGAAACUACAAGAAGAUACAAGGCAGUCAGGAGAUCGACUUUGGCGGCAGAGUGGACGCCAGCCUUUUGUGAUUGGUUGUUAGGAGGUCUGGAGGCCAUACAGGAGGAAUCAGCCCAGGUUUUUCAUUUGGAGCUGCAUAGAGAAGUGCCCAACACCAAACUUUGGGAAGCAGUGCCAGCUGAACUGGAGCAGACCCCGGAAGGUCAGAUCCGACAACACCUGCAGCAGACAGAGUUUGGCACGAGAUAUGAUUAUAUCAGCUUCUCAGGCACGGCCGCAAUGGUGAGCCGUACUAUGAGGUCUACGUUGGCACAUCUGCAUGUGGCGCUUGGACAUGUGAGCAACGCCAAGCUGAAGAGGAUGAUGCUGCUCAAUGGGGCGAAACCGGAGCUGGCCCAGAUCAUUGAUCACUUGGAGUGCCAGAUAUGUCAACAGGUUCAGAGCCCGAUGGCGACCCCCAAGGCGGCAUUCCAGCGCCCGAUGGUCUUCAAUGAGCGCAUUCUCUCGGAUACCUUCUACGUGUGGGACAUGGAGGAAACCAAGUAUGCAGUUACGCAUAUUAUCGACGCCUUUUCCCUCUACCAGAUCGCGACGGCGGCCAAGGACCCUGCGUCGGACAUCUCGAUGGAGUUGAUCAGAGACAGAUGGGUAGGAGUGUUUGGGCCACCUGCCGUACUGAUGACAGAUCAGGGCAGCGAGUUCAAGGGAGAGCUUGAGCAGCUUUUGGCGACUUUUGGCGUCUUCCAUGAGAUGGUCCCACCUACAGCACAUUGGAGGAUGUCACUUGCUGAGAGACAUGGGGCAGUUUUGAAGGUGCUGCUCAUGAAGAUCAUCAAGGAGCAAUCCAUUGUCGGUCUGGGACAGCUACAGAUGGCCGUCAUAGCCGCAACUGCAGCCAGGAACAGUCAGGCGAGAGUGUCUGGCUUUUCACCUACGCAGCUGGUGUUUGGGAAAGAUACUUCAAUGCCAACCAAUCUCAUGGAGGCCUUGGCAGGACAAUUUCACUACCAGCUUGCACGGCCGACAUCACCAGAGGAUUCCUUCUUUAGAGCCAGCCAGAUCAGGAAGGCGGCGUCAGAUGCCUUUCAAUGGAUGGAAGCCAGCGACGCACUGAAGAAGGCUGCCGGGUCCAGAGCGAGACUUCCGAAGUUGGAACUAUUGACAGAAGGAGCACAGGUGAUGUUUUGGGAACCCCCAGCACACAGGAGAGGACUGUCAAGAAGACUUCAAGACAAUGUGUCUUGGCUGGGGCCUGCAGUGGUGGCGGCUAUCGAGAGGAAGGACGGAUCCAUCAAGAGAGUUUGGAUUCGGUACAAGAACAAGUUGAAGGGAGUUCCGCUGGAGUUUGUGAGGUUGGCUGUGGCAGAGGAGCAUGAGGCCACGAGCAUAACCAAGGAAGCACUCUCGGAACUCUCCAAGCAGUUGGACUCCGGCAGGGUGAACGCAGAAGUUCCUGACUCCUCGUCCUCGUCUUCAAGUUCUACGGAGGAGGAAGCGGCUACAGGUAGCACGGAUGCUAAGAAGAAGGUUUUGAAGACAGUGAAGAAGGAUAAGGAGAGGAGCACGGAUCAGGUGAGAGUGCCUGAUCCUAGAUACCCAGUGAUGGAAAUGAGUGACGAGGAGGAUGAAGGAAAUCACCCUGUGUCGGCAGAACAAAUGAGGAAAGCAUCCUCACCUUUGCAUGAUGUGCCGAUCUCCAUUCACCGACAACAAGUUCCGGCUUCGAAGCCUUCAGGAGGAUCAAAUAGACCAGUGGUGUCCUCCAGGCCGAUCAAGAAGGCCAGAACACAUGAAGGAGCUCGAGCAGAUCCAUCGUCAAGGCCAUUCUUGGAGCGCCGAGGCAUGUUUGACAAAGCGCUCAACAGAACGGAGGAGCAUUUCAGAUCUACGCGGCAGAAACUGGAACCGAAGACUGUCCAGAUUGCGGUGCCGACACAGCAGGAGAAUCCUGAAGUCCUACAUGUGAACGUCCGAAAUGACAAUCCUCCGUACGUCAACUUGGAGAAGUUCAACGGCACGGAGUAUUCAGAUUCUGACGCUGAUCUGAUGGAAGCAUUGGAGCGGUCCUUGACGACGGAGAUGCUGCAGCACUUGCCCGUGGUGGAGCUCACACACAUGAGGAGGAGACCGACAGGAGAACAAGCUGAGCUGGGAAGGUCAGCCUUGAGAGAAAUGGAUGAGCCGGUUUUAGUACGACGUGUGAAUCGUCAAAGGUACACCUUGGAGUACAAGCCGGCGUCACCGUUGACAAGGUCUCGUCUGCCCCCGCCACCUGGUCACGUCAUGAACAUCUUGCCUGAAAGUAUGAAGAGGCCAUUGGUGGGUGAGCGACAAUGGGAAAUUCUACGACGACAACGCCAAGAUCCACCUCCUCAGAAGGACUACUGGAUGUUGAGCCCAGAGAAGACGGAACUCUACAGGAUACAUGUGGUCCCACGGUUCCACUUGUUUGAUGUGUUGGCCUUUCAUCAGGAGAAAGGCCUCAAUGAGCCACAUGUGGACCCACCCAAAGGAAUUCCGAGGAGUUGGAUCACUGGAGCAAGGACUACGCAGGUCUACUAUGUCAACAACCCGCUGGAACCCCACAACUAUGUGGGUUACGGCCCAAUCCCUCAAUCAGCGAUGUUCAUGCACCCAACGGUGGCCAAUGAGAGGAUGUCUGAAUUGAUCGCAGACAGUGUCAGGUGGACUGGAUGGAACACUCAACAGAAUUUGUUGGGUUAUUGGCAGGGUGUCACACGGUUUCAAGUACAAGAUCCUGACGAAGCGGAGUCCCAUUUGGUGCAUUGGCUAGAAGCGCGUCAUUUUGCAGAGGAUGCCUGGCGUGCUGGACAAGACCUGGUGCACCAAUAUAGAGAACUGCAGCUGGAAUCAGGUUGGCCAAAUGAGACGUUGAUGACACAACACCUUGCCAACGUACCCAAUCUGGAUGUCAACCAAGUCAUGGACAUUGUCAACUUGGCCAAGGAUUCUUUGAAGGCAACUCAGCUUGAGAUGCAGGAGAUCUUUUUCAACUUUGUCCACCUGACGAACGUGCAAGAACCUACACCACAUGCUCGUCAUCAAGGACAAGUAGAACUGACACUUCUUCCUGAGGAGCCUGUGGAUACUACGUUGCCUGCAACAGGAAAGGUUCGACUUGAACUACAAUGGAGCAACCUUUCGCCAGUUUGGCAGAAGGCAUUUGAGCAGCCGAUCAAAGAUGCACUGGACAUCUACUUCAAACAUGAUGCUUUGGCUCCGGUGAUGCCGAACGAGGUGGUGGAUGCUUCAGAGAUUCUUCCCAGUCGUUUUGUCUUGGUAAACAAGACGGAUCCCCGGAAUCAACACCCAGCUGAUGCAGAUCUUCCAGAUGCGAAGCUCAAAGCCAGAUUGGUCAUUGCAGGACACAUGGAUCAGAGAGCAGGAGGCUUUGAGACAGAGGCUCCAACUGCAAGCCUGCUUGCACACAACCUCUUAUGCUUUUUGGCGGCACAAUGGUCUUGGAAGAUGACAUUUGCAGACAUUUCAGCAGCGUUUCUGCAAGGAGACUACUUGCCGGCAGAGAGAAGGGUUUUUGUGCGAUGCCCAAAGAAUUAUCUUCUUUUUGUACGACAAUACUUGAUGAGCAAGUUACCCGCAGGAGCACGCACUGAUCUCAUGAGGAUGAAGAAGGCAGGUUUUGGUCUUGCAGAAUCGCCAAGGCUUUGGUACAAGAGGUUUAAGCGAGGAGCCGAAUCAGUUGGUGGACGUGAACUUCACCUAUGUCCAGGAGUCUUUGCCUUUUUCCAAGGGGGCAGGGUCAUUGCGCUUUUGGCUGUCCAUGUGGAUGACGUGAGGCUGAUUACAGACAAUGAAUAUGAGAAGGUCAUGAUGGAAAGGCUCAAUUCCCUCUUUACGUUUGGGGAAUGGGUCCACCCGGUGCAAUGGACGAAGUUCUGUGGCCGUUUUGAGAAGCAAAUGCCAGAUGGGACUGUCUACAUGCAGAUGGACCAGUAUGCCGAGCGUCUGGUAGAUCCCCCGCAACGACCACGUGGACAAGAACAUCCUCUGUUGCCGAAUGAACGCAAGUGGAUCGCCUUGGUGGAGCUCAAGCUCUUGGUGGACAGGGCGAGAAUUCCGGUCACCGUGAAGUUCGAGAAGCUGGGAUGUGAGGUGAAGGACAUGGUGGUGGUGUGCACAUCAGAUGCUUCUUUCGCCGGAAUGCCGAGGGGAAGAUCCCAAGGAGGUUUUGCAAUUGGGUUUGCCAAUCCUGACAUUUUGUCAGGGACUGCACCGUUCAAUGUGGUGCAUUACCACUCUGGACUGCUCAAAAGGGUGGUCCGGUCAAGUCUGGCUGCGGAAAUCAGUCAAGCAGCUCACACGCUUGAAGAAGGCGACUUCGUCAGAGCCCUCCUGGCCGAGAUGAUCUCGGAGAACUUCGAGCUCAAGAUGUGGGUGCCGCAUGUGGCGCAGUGGAAGUUUGUCUUGGUGCUCGGCUCUCGCACCGGAUAUGACCUGUUGAACGGAACAGGUCUUGGUGAAGACAAGCGAUUGGCCAUUGACAUUGCGGCCAUGAGACAGGCCCUUCAAGAAGAUGGUGCCGCUCGUCUGGUCAGAUGGGUCCCAGGCGAGGAGCUCAUCGCGGAUGACCUGACGAAACUAUGCGGCAACCAAAAGCUGAUGGCCACGCUCGCUCAGGCUCGAUGGGCCCUGAAGGACACGGAUGUGGCGAAGCGACUUCGAGCAGACGCUGCCGCGAGGAAGAAGAACUACCGGCAGCGCAUCUCGGCUGGUCGUGAAGAAGCCGAGGUCCUUGCGCGCUUUUCCAUUUCACCAGAGUUCGUUUGGCAGUGCUUGAACGGCGCUAUGUGGUUUGAGGCAAUGCAGACCUAUGGCUAUGCCGCAGCUGUGUGGAUUCUAUUUCUCACGUUUGCUGCAGUUUCACCUUUGGCUAUCCGAGUGAUUUGGCUCUUUGCUUUCGCUUUGCUGGACAUUGGUUUCUGUCUUUGCUCUCUGCUGCUCAGUAAAGUCCGUUUUGCCCACAAAGUCGCGAAGCAGGUCACAGGAACAUGGGAAGGCUGGCUGCUGAUUCAUGGAGGUCUGGACUACAUGAAACACAUCGUUGGUGGUGCAGAGGGCAAUUCCAUCAUGGCCUUGGUGCAUUGGUUCUUGGACGAUAACGCGGCUUUUUGCAACGGAAUCCGAAUUGGUUUCCGACUUCUUGCGGAAGGAACGCACGGAGCUUCUCUGACAAUUUGCGGCCGUGCUGUGUGA